AUUUCAGUGAUCCUUGAGGGUCCCUUCCAGCUCAGGGUUUUCUAUGGUUAAUCCAAUGUACAUUGAUUUAAUGUUGCUUUUAUUUUUAGGAUAAACAGAAAGCUCAGGGCAACUGUUCUUCAACAGCCCUGAUGCUCUCAUCUGGGGUGGAGUCUCCCCUUGAUUCUUCUGUGUCUGCUGUACUAGAGGAGUUGUACACUGGACUGCCAGAGAGCAUCUCCAGGGACCCCAUGGCAGUGCCAGGGCCCAGCCUUGGAUUAGAUGCACAAUCUGAUGGGCCAGUACCCGUGCUGGCACACAGGGAUGGGCCAUGGACUGCUGCCGUAGGAAACUUUUGCCAGAAGACAGAGGAUUUGGGUGAUGUGCUCCAGGUGAUUUCUCAUGGGCCAGCAGAAUCUUUUCCUGAAGAAUUACUACAGGCUGGAGACUUUGCAGAGAAUGAAAAAAGCAGAAAAGGACACUUUAGGAAACUAGACUGUUCUAGUGAUGGAUACAAGAAAGAAGAUGAAGAGGCACAAGGUGCUGAGGCCCAUCAUGCUGAAUGUUGCCCUUUAACUCUGGGGGAAAGUUGGUCAGAACAAGAGGACCCUCACUUAAAUGAGCAAGAGGCAAAGUCUUUGAGAACCUAUUGCACUGAAAUUGCAGAAUCCCUGAGGAACACAGAAGAAAACCAAGCAAAUGUUCAGGUGACAGCUGAAACUCUGCCAAAGGUUACUGAAGAAGUACAAGGUAUGAAGGCUGAUGGGACUAGGAUAUUUAGUAAAGCAGGAUACAGGAAUGACAGAGUGAGUAAAGGUCUUCCACCUGAGAGCAAUCAAUGCCCAGAUGUAGACACAGUCAUUGCCAGAGCUGGGGUUUCAGAAACCAGCAUCUUAGGUUUUUUAGAGCCUAUAAAAGUCAUGGACAUUGGAGCAGCUACAGAUCAUCCACAAAAAACAAGUGACUAUAGUGGGUCAAAAGCCCAUGCUGCCAUGCCAUUGAGAACAGGGGGGAAUGGUGUAUCUGUUAUGGAGAUUAGAGAAGAAAAGUUAUCCAGACGAAAUCCUCUUAAUGCAUUCAGUACGUCAUUUGCUAAUUGCCAGACUUGUCAGCAGGAUGAAGAAAAUGAUGCUUAUGGCUGCUUUAAGGGUCCUGUACCUGAACAAAACGAACCUCAUGAGUUGUUCUCAGCAGAAAGCUGUAGAACACUCUCCACACAGAGUUCUGAAGUUUUAUGUCCAGUUCUGAAAAGCAUCUGUUAUCUGGACUUUGGAAAUAUGCCACUAGAAAGCAGUUCUGAAGUUCCUGGAAUUAUCAGUGAAACCCCCCAGAAGUACCUUCCCCGAAAUAUCAAACAUCACACUCUUUAUGAUCAUGGAACUGGGUUUUUAGAAAACCAAAUGUCCACAUCUGCACCAGUAGAACAGAUCUUGGCAGUAAGGAACAAAGAUUUGUCUAGUGCAAAAACUGAUCCUAGGGAAUCAACUGCUACUAUAGGAAAAUCAUACAGCUCUGAAUCUGAAGAAGCAGCUGAAGUCUGGACAAAAAUUGCUGUGUGGGAUAAAGUUGAAAUUUGUAGCUGGCCUGAAGCUCAAGAGGCUGCUAAUUCUGAGCAAUAUCAUUCUCUAAGUUUUAGUUCUGUUGCUUCAUCUCCUGAGGAGUUCUCAAAAGAAAAAUUUAAAAUAUUCCCAUCAGAAGGUGAUAAGUUGAAAAAGGACCAGUGGCAAUUCUCUGUCAGUGACCCAGGCAAGAAUGAUAUAAAAGAAAAUAGUUUGUGGGUGGAAACGAGUAACAUUGCUUCCCAUGAAACUGGGCAGAGAGACGUGGGCUUUUAUAGUACUAGCAAUAAAAUUCCUCCUCUCAGUAAGCACAGCUGUCUUCAUCUUAGUACCAAGCUAGAAAAAGACUCACCCAAGGCACAACUGCUUGGAAAGGAAUCUGAGAGCAAUACAACAUCAAAAGAGUUGGCUGGUGGUUUAGUUGGGGCUGCAGAAGUUGAUAGCAAUGACAGCUUAUCUACUGGGAACAAAACAAAUUUGUUUUAUACACUAAAUGGAACUCUACCUCCUGUUUUACAAAAAUCAAGAGAACCUCAUUAUAAUGAGUGUCUUCGUUGUACUAAUAAUGAAGUUUCAUGCAGGGACAAGGUUUGGGAUAAUUGGUCUAGAAAAGAAUUAAUUGGUGCUUCUGGAACAACAGCGGAACAAGUUGCUGAAGUUUUGCUUCAUAAAGAUAGAUUCAAGUCUUCUGUAAAUUCCAUGACUUUUGAUAACUCUAAUACAGCAAGCAGACUAUCCCAAAUGAAUAUAAAAUCUGCAGGAAAUAUGGAGAGAGUGGACACUGGUUUAGAAAAUGAACAUUGUCACACAUGUUGUUGUAACAAUAAGAGUAUAAAAAAACACUGUACAGCUGCCAGUACUUACUGUGUUUUAUCAAGGAGGGUGGAUGAAGUUUUCCUGAACAGUCGUUCUUUUGGUGUUGAAGUUGAUAAAAUUGAAGAAAAUGGUCAUUUGGAAGCAGUGUCUUCAUCAGGAUAUAACAGUAAAGAGGCAACCAUCUUUCCAGAAGCACACGCCCCUUUGGCACGAAGAUCUCUUCUUUGUGAAAAUGACUGGGGCAACAGACGUAUAGCUCUGCGUGGGUUAAAUUAUAUUCCCACAGGAAAAAACAUGUUUUGCUCAGCAUAUACUGCAGAGAAGUCUAAUGCUACCUUGGCAAGAGAUGAGAUUUCAAAUAAGAAUAUGGAGGUUGUGGAACCAUUUGAUCUUUGUAAAGUAAUGGGCAGUGAAAUAGUUUGUGACAGAGAUGAGGCAAAAGAACAGAUUGGCAUGCGUGCUUCCCAGACAGAUGAAUUUGAUGAAACAGGAGCUGUGGAUUCCCCAAAUACUCCUGAAGGCAAUCAGAGAAAUAGGACUGGUGAACAGCUAUUAGUCAGAUAUUUGAACAAAAACAUCUGUGCUCAUAAUUUUGGAUUUUACAACUCUCUGUUAGGCCCAUGGAAGAGAGAACUCGACACACGUGAUCAGAAAGAAAUGCCACUGCUCACAGCUGAUCCCUCCGAGUGUAGCACUUCAACCUGUGAACCACAGCCAACACUUGACAACGUGAAUGUUCCAACACGACGUGCUGGCCAAACAGAAGAGACCCUUUGUUCAUUGGGAAAUCAGUUUCAUCCAUGUCAGAGGGAGUCUGAUGUCCCAGUGCUGGGCAGUGAGCACCAUUUAGAAAGUUUAACCAACAAACCAAACACUGGCUCACAAAUCAUGGGUUGUUCUGUGGAAAGAGACAAAACUGAUCCUAAUCACAGUGAAGAGGCUCUGCUAAAAACAGGUGGUGACCUGCCUCUGUUAGACCAUAAAUGUGUAAGAGAAGCCAGGUUUAAAGGAGCUGUACAAGAGAAUGUAAUGGGUUUAGACUCUUUAAUGGGUGUGAAAAAUGAAGAUUCUUCUUCAGGAUACAUGGACUCCAUUAGUGAUCUAAUUGAAGAGAAGAGAAUCAGACUACAAGAACAUGAGAACAGAUGUGAAAGAAGCACUAAAGGAGCUCUUGAAGAAAACUUUUCUGAUGACAAACCACAGUGCUCACAGCAGCCUUGUUUUAUCCAAUGUGCAAAAGAGAAAGCAGAGCCGGCGUUUGCAGGAAACAAAAUGCAGCAAUCUUUGCCAAAGAUAAAGUGGUUGGUGGAGAACCAGGAAAAUACAAUUAAUGCUCAAUUUCUGCCCAUUUCAUCAAUUCAUGGGAGUCUUUCAUACAAGCCAGAAAAUAGGAACAUGCUUUCAGAUACAGAAAACAGAGAAAGUCUGAGUAUAAAUCCUAUCUUAAAUAACUCUUCCCCGCAGUUAAAUUUUGAGCCUGGUAAAGAAACUUUUGCUCAAAGGGGUGUUGGUCCAUCUCGUUUUGGAACGUCUGACAUCCAAGAAUCUUGUGUUGAGACUCAAGCAGAUUCAGAAACUGUGUCAGCACUGAACUCUCACAUCUCUUUGCCUGAGAAAGAAAACCUGCGUACAUCAUCCGAGAGUACACAAAGAGAUAAUUGUGAUUCAUCUUCAGCUGAAGCUUUUAGCAAAGAUACUUCAACGACAAAAAUCCUUUCUGUAACAAUUUCCGUUAAGAAAAAGUCCAGCAAUAUUGAGGUUCCAUCUUCAGGGAAUGAAUCAGCAGCUGGCUCUCUGAGUGGUGCCAAAAGCUCAAGUGUUUGUGCCCACAGCAAAGAAAGUGUGAAAGGUGAGGGGCUUUGCAUGCCAACUGUGAAAGACAUGGACAUUAGCUCACCAAAAAGUCCUCCUGGUCAAGAGAAGUUUAAGAAUAUAGAUAAGCCUGGAAAUAUAAAUGUGAUUUCAGAUAAAGAAAACAGAGAAAGUCUGAGUAUAACUCCUAUCUUAAAUAACUCUUGCCCACAGUUAACUUUUGAGCCUAGUAAAGACCCUGAAGAUAAAAGGGGUAUUUGUGAAUCCCAUUCGGAAAAGCUUGACAUCCAAGAAACUUCUAGUAAGACUCGGGUGGAUUCAGAAACUGUGUCAGCUCUGAACUCUCACAUCUCUUUGCCUGAAAAAGAAAAUCUGUGUAUGUCACCUGAGAAUAUGCAAAGAGGUAUUUCAUCUGCGGGCAAAAAAAUUAGCAAAGAUACUUCAAUGACUAAAAUUCUUUCUGUAACAAUUUCUAUCAAGAAAAAAUCCAGCAAUAUUGAGGUUCCAUCUUCAGGGAAUGAAUCAGCAGCUGGCUCUCUGAAUGGUGCCAAAAGCUCAAGUGUUUGUGACCACAGUAAAGAAAGUCUGAAAGGUGAAGGGCUUUGCAUGCCAACUGUGAAAGACAUGGACAUGAGCUCACCAAAAAGUCCUCUCAGUGAAGAGAAAUUUAAGAAUACCUGUGUACAAGAGAUGAUAGGAAAAGAGGCAGCCCCUAGAGGAAGGUUGCCCAAAGAUUGUCCAUGGGCUUUGUUGGAAGAUUCUAAAGAGUCUGGUAGCAAAAUAGUCUCCCUCAGGACUGAGAAUUAUGGAAAGGUUUUGGAAGAAAUCCCAAGAUCCAAAUUAAAUAAUCUUUCAAAAGAAAGACAAAAUUACACAAAGCUCCCAAACUUAGCAGGUACUAGUGUACCUUCAGAAACUGUGCAUGAUUGUCAGGCUGGAGCUGUAUCUGGCACAGAGGCUGCCCCAGAAGUGCAGGAUGAUACAACGCCCAUGUUUUCUCCACCUCUGAGCACACUAUCAGACAGUUGCAAAGAACCAUCCCCAAACUGUACGGUUUGCAGUGAAGCCUGUGUGCCUUACAAAUUAAAUGCAUGGAGCAAAGAUAAUGUAAAGGAAGUAAUAGAAGGCCAGGCCAAAAUACCAACUCAUGCAAUUUGCAAGGAAAAUGGGGCUUUUUGUUCAGAGAGACUUGAUCGAAUAGAGGAAGGUCAAGUAUUUAAACAGAAGAAAUAUGGAAAGAUGAAACUACAUCAGUUGGGCAAGGCACAAAAAGAACAGAAGUUAGAACAUCAGGAGAAAGCAAAAAUCAUACUGCAACCAAGUAUGUUGCACAGUUCUGGACUCUUAAGCAGCUCUUCAGCUGAAUUGAUGACAUCUAGAAAUACAAAGUUUGGAGAUGCUUCAGAGGAGAUUGUUGCUGUAAGAGGCAGUGAAAAUAAACUACAUAGCACUUUACAAGAAGUUAAAAGGCCAAAGAUUACCACAGAUUUUAUUAGUUCAGAAUUAUUGAAGACUCAGGAUUCAGAAAUGGAAAACCUGAACCUUAAUUUAGGGUGUGAUGGAAUCCCUGGUGCCUUUGGAACUACAAAUAAACAAAGAGGAACUACAAAUAAACUAAGAGGACCUCUUCCAUUAAAAAUACAACCUGGAAGGACAUGCAAAAAAGUUCCCACAUUGUGUCAGCUAAAAACUGUAACAAAAAAAAGAAAAAUUAAAAGUUUACCUGUCUCUGAGAUUCCCCUGGAAAUAUUCCCUAAACAGGAAAACCCGCUUCUGGAAUCUUUGUACUUUCCAUGUAAACCACUGACAGUGGAAAAGGAAACAGCCAUGAGAUUUGUGCAUAUGCCAAGGCAGAGGGCCAAGAGGUGCAGUUUGUUGAACAGCAUGAAAUUUAGAAAAUGUACCAAAGAACCAGCAUUGUUGAGGAAGUUGUCUGCAAUGGCCAGCAAGCUCCUGGCCCCUGCCAAAAGCAGCCAUAACUUAGAACCUCUGCCAUAUUCUUCUGAAAUUCUUCCAGUGGGUGACAGGUACAGUCAGUGUAGAUCUAAAAAUCUCUUGGAAGCCUUUUCUUGCAUUAACAGAAACGUACACUCACGCUGGGCUGACAGGUGGUGCACCAAGAUGUUCAGCUUUCAGCCUUUGGCACUUUAUCCUGUAGAAACUACCAAAAUAUUUUCUUCAGACUUAAGCCACAAGCCUCCAGCCUCUUUCUUGGACACCUCAGUUUUCCCAAUUUCUUUUCACAUAAAAUUGGACUCCAGUCCUGUGACAGACCUCAGAGGGAUUACAUCCCAGCACUCUGUACAUCACAGCCCAGUUUUCAGAGAAACGCCAGCACCAGCUUCAAAGUGGACUUUGUCUUUUCUCCUGUCUCAGAGCUGUUCAGAUACAACAGCUUUCAAGGAAGAUUCCCGUGUAAAUAAUGAGCUUCAUUCCUCUCACUCCACUACAACCCCCAGGACUGUUGCUGUUCAUCCUGACCCUGGAAGAAACACUGUAGCUGGAAGAAGAGGAGGUUGUUCCAGGCUUGGCCUUCACACAGUGUUAGCACUUUCUUCCCCUGGAUGUUACAGGAUUUGGACAAGAAGAAGAAAUGUAACCAGUCAUAUUCCUACCAUCCAGAGACUAUUUAUAUCGCAGUUGGCACAGGGUUUGAAAGGGGACAGGUACCCGAGGUGUGUGUCCGAUGAGCUCGUCUCCUCAUUGCCAUACUCACUGGGCAGGGUGUUGUCCAUAUGGAGUCAGCACGGUCCUUCUGCCUGUCCUUCCGAAAUCACUCCUCUCCAUUCCAGUUACUGCAAGUGGCAGCCAAGUGUGGGCAUCGAGAACAGGUAAAACCCAUCAACUUCUUUCUGAGAUUAAAUGUGUGCAGGGUAUAUUCUUGCUCCUUUUUGGGAGGGAGAGGGUAAUUGCAGCUUGCACUGGAGGGUCAGUUUCUCCGGUUCCGGAUCUACACAUUCUGCUCCAGGAAUGGCUCAACGUGGAAGAUCCUUUCUUACAGAACAAUCUUUUAGCUGAAUUUAAAUAUAUUUGCCUUCACUUCUUUAAUACUAUCCUGUUUUGGCAGAAUGGCUAACUCUGUUUUCUUCUCCCUUGCAAAAUAUACACACCAUGCAUCAGAGUAUAUAAUGCAAAAGGUGAGCUACUUCAUUAGGUGUAUUCAGAGUGACUGCAGAGGAACUGGAUUUCUGAGGUAGGAAAGUUUUUUUCAGAGGUUUGAGCCACAAAUACCCGUUGGAACCACUGUAAAAUGCUCAAUAUCAGGUUAGGAAGAAUUGUAAAGGGUGGGGCUCUGUCAUUCAGUAACAAUUUUAAUUGUAUUCCAUGACCAUUCUGUGCUAACUGAAACCUCUUUAUGCAUGCUAUGGCUUUUCAUAUGUGAUGUUGGCACAAACAAAUGUAGCUCCAGUUAACAUUGGUAAUGAAUUUUUCUCUGUGUGUCAAUCUUGUUACGAGUGGGAAGAGGACUGAAAUCUACUGUGCAUAUUUAAUUUUUACUUUGUUAUGAGCAUUUAAGAUCGUUUUGCUAAUAAAAAGAAUGAAAGAAGUUCCUAGCUCUGUUACAGGAUUUUUGCAUGCCCUUGAGAAAAGAUUUUGACCUUUAUCCCUCAAUAACAUAGGGCAGUUCAGUCCCUGAUUUGUCACCUUGCAAUUCCUGGGCAGAGAGCUUCAUGAGCACUGUACCAAAGUCUAUUUAAUUAAUUGUUUUGAUUAGUGUGGCAGUCUGUAGAGAACUGUUGAAUUUAGCCUAUGUCACAGACUGACACAAGUGUGACCAAAAAUCUUGCCAGAUAACAAAUGCUGCACUUUGCUUUGUAUAAAUGGGUAACAUGCCUAAAAGUUUAUCACUUGUUGGUAUCAAUUCUAAUGUCUGCCACAGGUGUGAGUGCUCCAUUCUAAAGAUGUCUGCACUAAAAAAAAUUAAAUUGAAUAAUGGCAUAGAGACAACUUUUGCAGCACAUUCUAUGGGACUUGCUUCCAUUUUCAUACCAUACUCUGAAACUGAUCAUACCAGUAAAGUACAGUUUUGAGCACUAAAUUUAAAAAUAACAUAUUGUUAAAAAUAAAACAAACAUCUCCUUAAAACUUAGUUGUGUGUAUAUGGUGAAUUCAGUGUUUUGUGUUGCUGAGGCAUGCUCUCCUUGGGGGUUUUCCCACAGCCCUAAGCCUGCAGGCUCCUCAGCAGCAUAUCCAGUUAACUAAUGUAUAAGAGGAUUUCAUUCCUGACAUGAGGAGUCAUUGGAAAAGUGCAUGCUUUGCUAUGAGUGGUGAUGUUUUUCCCAAAGGGAGAGUAUUCAAAUCAAACAUCUUCACUUCAAGUGAAAAAUAAUCCAGAGUUAAAAUACCCUAAAACUCAAUUUGGUUUUUUUUUCCUCUAAAACACCUUAAACUGUGUGUAUAAAGCAGAUGUAAAUCUGUCCCACUCAGAUGUUUGGUACAUAAAUAUAAAAAGUAUGUUUGGUGCAGUAUAAAAGCCUUUUCAGCUACCACUGAAAAGAAAUGCUUACCUGUUUUAAGGUAAU